AUGAGGCUCUAUGUCUAUUUGUUGGAGGGUAGAGAUUGGGCAGUGAAGGAUUCUUAUUUGAAGUUACAAGUUGGCAAGUUCAAGUCAAAAACAAGAGUGUUGAAGAAUACGAAAAACCCAUUUUGGAACGAGGAGUUUGUAUUUAGAGUUCAUGAUUUGGAGGAUGAACUUGUGGUGUCAAUGUACCAUCAAGGGGAGCAUCAGUCAGGGUACUUCAAUGGUUCUGCUGGGGAUUUGAUGGGUCGGGUCAAGAUUCCUUUAUGGACUGUUGCUAAUGAAGAAAAUAAAAAUUUGCAACCAACUUGGUUCUCUCUUGAGAGGCCUAAGGGUGUGAAGUCAGUUGAUAACGAUUGUGGUAAACUUCUUCUCAGUCUUUCCCUGCAUGGGAAAGGCCAAGACAUUGCCACAGACCAUCUUUCCAAUGUACAUUUGAGUGCUGAAAAUUAUAACUUCAAAGAAUGGGAAGGCACAUUCGCUUCAUCUCACAAUAAUCGUUGUUCAACUGCUCCAUCCAGAAAGAUAGCGGACGGUAAACAAUUGAUAAAGGCAAUGGCUGGUCGUUUGGAGAAAUUCUUCACUAAAAAGGAAGAAACGUCAAAGAAGGAUGAUUCAUCUGAACAGUCCACUUCUCUGUCAGAUUAUGAAGAUCAAAUGGAGGAACCUCCUAACUGCUCUAGUUUUAAAGAAUCAAUUGAACUGAUGCAGUCUAAGAAUGAAGAAAGAGAAAUGCCAGAGAAUCUGCAGGGAGGCAUUCUUCUUGAUCACACAUAUAUGACACUACCCAAGGAUCUUAAUAUGGCUCUUUUUGCUCCUGAUUCAGAGUUUAGAAAGGAGUUGGCGGAUUUGCAGGGAACAACAGAUAUUCAAGAGGGACCUUGGACAUGGAAAUCCAGAGACACGUCAUGUUUGACUCGCAUGGUUACAUAUACAAAAGCUGCAACAAAAUUAGUUAAGGCUGUUAAAGCCACUGAAGAGCAAAUCUAUGUCAAGGCCAAUGGAAAAGAAUUUGCUGUUCUUGUUCAUGUGAGUACUCCAGACGUUCCCUACGGGAACACAUUCAAGAUUGAAUUGCUUUAUAAGAUAAUGCCUGGUGCAGAGCUAUCUUAUGGAGAAGAAUCUGCUCAUCUUGUAGUAUCUUGGGCCAUUAACUUCAAUCAAAGUACCAUGAUGAAAGGGAUGAUUGAAGGAGGAGCCAGGCAAGGAUUGAAGGAGAGUUUUGAGCAGUUUUCCAGCUUAUUAUCCCAAAUAUAUAAAGUAAUAACUGCUGGAGAUAUGUCAGCUAAGGAUCAUAUGUUGGCAACUUUGCAGACUGAGCAACAGUUUGAUUGGGGAUUGGCAAUUCAGUAUUUUUGGAAUUUCCCAAUGGUCUCUACCCUUCUUAUUUUUUUAUAUGUCCUUGUGCACAUUUUUCUUUGUGGUCGAAGCAAACUGCAAGGAUUAGAAUUUCCUGGUCUCGAUUUACCAGACAGUAUUGGAGAAAUUGUCACCUGUGGGAUAUUGGUAUUUAAAUUGGAGAAAGUUUAUACCAUGAUUUCACGUUUUGUUGAAGCUAGUCUCCGGAGAGGAAGUGAUCAUGGAGUGAAAGCACAGGGUGAUGGAUGGGUGCUUACAGUGGCAUUGAUUGAUGGGGUGAACUUAAAUUCUUUGAAUCCAACAGAGUUGGUGGAUCCAUAUGUUGUGUUCACUUGCAAUGGUAAGACUAGAACAAGCUCUGUCAAGCUUCAAACUCUUGAUCCUCAGUGGAAUGAGAUACUCGAGUUUGAUGCUGUGGAAGAACCACCUUCUACCCUGGACGUGGAAGUUUUUGACUUUGAUGGUCCAUUUGAUCAAUCAUCGUCUCUUGGACAUGCUGAGAUCAAUUUUUUAAAGCACACAUCCACUGAACUAGCAGAUUUGUGGGUUCCACUUGAGGGAAAAAUUGCUCAGUCUUCUCAGUCAAAGCUGCAUGUGAGAAUCUUUUUGGAUAAUAACAAUGGAGUUGAAACGAUUAGAGAUUAUUUGGCUAAAAUGGAAAAAGAAGUUGGAAAGAAGUUGAACAUUCGAUCACCACACAGGAAUUCGAUGUUUCAGAAAAUAUUUGGAUUGCCGCCAGAAGAAUUUCUUAUCAGUGAUUUUUCUUGUUCAUUGAAAAGAAAGAUGCCAUUGCAGGGGCGGCUUUUCUUAUCAGCGAGAAUUGUUGGAUUCUAUGCCAACUUGUUUGGACAUAAAACGAAACUUUUCUUCCUUUGGGAGGACAUUGAAGAUAUUCAUGUGCAUCCUCCAUCCCUGUCAACAGUUGGAAGCCCUUCUCUUGUCAUAAUUUUGCACAAAGGUCGAGGUCUUGAUGCUAAGCACGGUGCAAAGAUUCUAGAUGAGGAAGGAAGACUGCAUUUCCACUUCCACUCUUUUGUUUCUUUCAAUGUCGCGAGCAGGACAACUAUGGCCUUAUGGAGAACAAGAAUGCUGGAACAGGAUCAGAAAGUUCAUAUUGCAGAACAACAGCUGGAUGAUGAGGGGAAGCCCAUUUUACUUGAAGACACUGGAUCCUACUUGAUUGUUGACGAUGUAAACAUGUCUCGCGUUUACUCUGUGGUACUUCCUAUCAGUAUAAAAUCACUGAUGAGGAUUUUCGACGGUGGAGAGUUGGAACAUAAAGUGAUGAGCAAAUCUGGCUGUCUCAACUAUGUGACAACUGCAUGGGAAACUGUGGCUUCUGAUGUAUAUGAAAGACGGAUAUCUUACAGGUUUAGCCGUCGGGUCUCAACCUUUGGAGGAGAAGUUUCCUGUACACAACAAAAAUCUCCCAUACCAAAUGAUGGAGGAUGGGUUGUGCACGAGAUUAUGACCCUUCCUGAUGUACCAUUUGCUGAUCACUUCCGAGUCCAAUUCAGAUACCAGAUCGAGAAAUCUACUCUUUCUCUUAACUCUUGCAAGAGCGAUAUCUAUGUCGGUGUCACGUGGCUGAAAAACACCAGAAUCAAUUGCUCAGGAUUAAUCACUUUCGCGGUCCGUACCACCAUUCUGACAUGGAUAACAGUGCUGGUGCUCCUAGCUUUUGCCGGGAAACGACGUCGAGUUCUUGUUAAGGAGGGAAGGAGGAUCACAUCAGAUGUUGCAAUGUACUUAGCCCGGGUUGUUCUUAAAGAUAGGAGCCUUGUUGCUGUUGCUUUCGCCACAGUUUUCAGCCUCAUGGCAAUGGCAAUUGGUUAA